GAGAGAGAGAGAGAGAGAAUCGCUCAGUGUCUUCAAAACUGAGAAGCAACAAUGGCCGGAGGAACACAAAAAGCCAGAAACAUUAACGAAAAUAAAGUCCGUGAAAUCCUAGGAACCAGAACUACUAGAAUUGGAAUGUGUCGAUCCCUUCGAGGUUCAUGUCCAUCGAUCGUUCCUUACCUUCUAACCCCCAUGGACCCUUCGAUUCUGACAAUAUUCACCGCCUCGAUUCCUCCCAAAAACAAAAAAAAAAACAACCACGAAGCAGAUAAAGUGGCAGUUUAAGAAUACAGUGGUUCAUUCUAGGAAACAUCAUCACUCCUCGCUUCCCCAAUCGCGUUUUCUCCGCAUCCUCCCUUCGUUUUCUCAGAAAGUCGGUUGGCCGGAAUUCCAGAUUGCGUUGCAGAGUUUGGGAGAGUGCUACUCAUUUUCUUAAUAUUGUUAUUAUGGGUGAGAUUGAUACCAAGCCUAUAGAACCAGUCCAAGUUGCUCUCUCCUUGUUUGGGGAGAAAAGUGAUCAGAGGAAAUCUUGGUGUACCAGCAGCGAUAGGGAAUGUGAGAACAAGAAAGAGCAUGAAGAGCUGUUAAAGGAUCUGGCCAAUUACAAGGUGCAACUGGAAGCCAAGGACACUGCCUACAAGCAAGCUCUUCUUAAGCUCGAACAGCACCAGAAGUCAGCUGAUGAACUUUCUAUCGUGCUGAAAAAUACAGAGAUUGAGAGAGAUAUUCUCAUUCAUGAAUGUGGAGAGGCUAGAACUCGAGUAGGUGAACUUGAUUCCAAGAUAAAGGAGAAGGAUGAUCAACUAUUGGAAACUAUAAAGACUCGAGAGCAACUUACACAUGCUCUUAGCGAGUUAAAGGCCACACAAGGAGAACUGCUCAGCAUGGAAACAGAACUUGCUCUUGCCAGAGAUUCUAACCGGGAGGCCAUGACACAAGCAGAACUGAUGGAGACCGCUGCCAACAUGGAAAAGGAAAAGACACAAGAGCUUUUAAGACGUGUCUCAGAGCUCACCGAAGCUAUUGCUAUGUCAAGACUUGCUGCUGUCGAAGCAGAGAAAGAAAAGCUUUCACUAUUGUCUGAGAAAGAUGCUGAGAUAGAGUUAGCAACAGCAGCGGCAGUUCAAGCACAGGUGACCUUGGAAGAUAUGAUAAAACAGGUAAAAAUGAUGGAUGAAUUGGAAAAUCAGCUCAUGACCAAGUCUGUAUUUAUUGAUAUGCUUCAGUUGCAACUUAAGCAAGCAAAUGAACUACUUAGUUCAUCUGAAAAAACUGCAUCUGAUGCCAUAAAAGAUUUGAAUGAGCUUCAAGCAGAUCUGGAAGUCAAGGAGAGAAAAAGUUUGGAUCGAUCAGCCUACAUUGAGGCAUUAGAAAUGGAACUAAAUCAGUUAAAGCUAGAGCUUCACAAUUCAAAGGAGGAGGCAUGCCGCUUGAACUGUGUUGCUGAAACACUUACACGUGAGUUGCUGGAGGUCAAGACUAAUAUGGAUGAGAUUAGGUCAAGAGAAACAAAAGCAGAAAUAGAGGUGGCACUGCUGAAAGCUGAGCUUCACAAAGGGAAGUCCAAAAUUGCAGCAGCAGAAGCUGCAGAAGCAAGAGCUGAGAGUGUUAAAUCUGGGCUAUAUCUUGCAGUUCAGCAACUAGCUGUAGAAGCACAGGAAGCAAAGAAGGAAAAUCAAGGAGAUCAUCUGGCUGAAGAAGCUGAAAACUCUGUUCUUGUCAACUUCCAAUCUGAAAGGGCUUUCCAAGAUGUAGAACCUUCCCAAAUUGAUGAGUUGAAAACAGAAGAAGAAGGGAAGAGAGAUGAGGAUGAUAGCCACAUAACAAUUUCACUGAAAGAAUAUGAGUCCCUUAUUAAAAAGGCCGAGAAAGCUAAUUACAUGCAUGUUGUAGUAGGGGAAAAUGCAGGUCAAUUAACUUUGCAUGAAAAUAAGUACGAAUUGGAGAAUUUGAAGAAAGAAUUAGAAGUUGCAAUGGUGAAAGUUGGGGAGUUCAGGACUCGUGCAGAACAGGCUGUCAGCAGAGCUGAGUUAGCUGAGAAAGCUAAACUUGCAAUUGAGGAUCAGCUAAGGAGGUGGCGAGAGCAUAAGCAACGGAGAAAGGCUGCUCUAGCUGCACUCCGGGAGGAAUCUGCUCCUAAAGAAUUUUACCCUCCUCAAUAUGACAGGCCACCUACAACAUAUCAGCCUCUGGGUAAGGUUCUGAACAUGGAAUUUUAGCGAUAAAAGUUCUUCUAGAGUUUGGUUCAAUUAAUAUAUUUGCCAAUGGUGCAUCCUGGACAAAGAUUGAUUAUCUGAAGUGAUUUGUAUAAAUUGAUUGUAUAAACGAUUGUAGUUUUAUAUUCUAUAUUUAUGAUGCAGUAAAUGUUUGCA